CGCCCCCCCGGAAAUGAAAGUUCACUUCCGGCGGGGGCGCUCGGGCCGGGAGUGCGGGCCCGGGACGGGCGGGUGACGAGAUGACCACGCUCCGGGCUUUCACCUGUGACGACCUGUUCCGUUUCAACAACAUUAAUCUGGAUCCACUGACAGAAACUUAUGGGAUACCAUUUUAUUUACAAUAUCUAGCUCACUGGCCUGAGUAUUUCAUAGUUGCAGAGGCACCUGGUGGCGAGCUCAUGGGGUAUAUUAUGGGUAAAGCAGAGGGCUCAGUAGCCAGAGAAGAGUGGCAUGGUCAUGUCACAGCCUUAUCAGUUGCCCCUGAAUUUCGACGCCUUGGUUUAGCUGCUAAACUAAUGGAGCUAUUGGAGGAGAUUUCAGAAAGAAAGGGUGGAUUUUUUGUUGAUCUCUUUGUAAGAGUGUCAAAUCAAGUAGCAGUCAACAUGUAUAAGCAACUGGGCUACAGUGUUUAUAGAACAGUAAUAGAAUACUACUCUGCGAGCAAUGGAGAACCUGAUGAGGAUGCUUAUGAUAUGAGAAAAGCACUCUCCAGGGACACAGAAAAGAAAUCCAUCAUACCGUUACCUCAUCCUGUGAGACCUGAAGAUAUCGAAUAACUUUAGGCAGUGGUUCUUAGGCAGAGAAUGCUACAGGUUGCUUUUUAUGGACAAUAAUAUUUUUCACUGGAAAUUGACUCUAAAAAUCAAUUUCAGAGCUGUGUAUACAGGUGCAUUUUGAAGAUCCUUUAGGAGAAAAAUAAUCACUUCAUGUCUUGAAGACUUAAGUAAGAAAAUACUUUUUACAUGGACUUCUUAAUUUAAACCCCCAAGUCCCAGUCUAAUAAUAGCACAUUAAUGAAAGCUCUUCACUAUAUUUCAUAUACAAUUAAAAAGGCAGCUACGCCAAAAGGAAACAAGACAUUUCAUUAUCAUGGUUCACUAUAUUAGGUAAGUAUUAGGGAAAUACUGGCUUCAUUUCACUUAAAAAUUCUGUGCCUGAGAAUCACUGCUGCCUUCAUUUUUUGAUCUUCAUAUUGAAUAGUGUUUAAUGAAGCUUUAAAAACAAUUGUGAAAAACUCAAAUGUAUAAAGAUGAAAUGUAUAAUAAAACACAAAUUCAUUAUGUGAAUGUUUUUUAUAAAUCUGUGAUUUCUUCUGAUUAUAGUCUUACUGAAUAAACUUUGACUAAUUUGAAAACAAA